AUGGUGCCGAACAAGUGGAGCAUGAACUCAGUUCUGCACAAAUCCCCCCCACGGAGCUGGCUGGGACUCAGACUGCGGCUGAAUGAUAAGCCUGUCCAGGAGGAGGACUGGGUGGUUUGCCAGCAUCCUGAGUGUCCUGACCACUGGAGGGCCUCUAAAGUUUGUCAUCAUCCAGACUGCCAGGACCUGAACAACAAAAACCCGAUUCAUCUGUGUGAGUCAUGUGACUCACGCUGCCAUCCGGAGAGCGCAGGCAACAUGCACUUUGAUCGACACCCUCGAUUCGACUUACAACCUCAAGCUUCCAUCCUGGCUCGGAACGUGUCCACACGCUCCUGUCCCCCACGCACCAGCCCCCCCUCCGACAUGGAGGAAGAGGAAGAGGGGAGCAAUGAUCGCGGAGGGAUUAAAACUGUGGGGAUGAAGUUGGGAAAGAAGAAGCCACGGAGACACACUGAUGACCCCAGCAAGGAGUGCUUCAGCCUGAAGUUUGACCUGAAUGUGGACAUCAACACCGAAAUUGUUCCUGCAAUGAAAAAGAAAACACUGAGAGAGGUGUUGGGUCCGGUGUUUGAGAGGAAUGGCAUCGAGUUGUCACGGGUCGACUUGUUCCUCGAUCAGUCCAACACACCGCUGUCCCUCAACUUUGAAGCCUACCGUUUUGGAGGACACUACCUCAAAGUUAAAGCUCGGCCCGGCGAUGAGCUGAAGGUGGAGCAGGAUGUGAAGGACUUGCGCUCGCUCAGCCUGCCCAACAUGAAGCCCUCUGGAGGUCAGAGCCCCUACAUCCUGAGCCCGGGUGGGGAGAAGGUGGCACAUGAAUCUCUGGGGCACCGUGACUGCAUCGACCUGUUGGGUCAGGCGCGGCGGAGGAAGAACAUGACAGAGUUCCUGGGGGAGGCCAACAUUCCCACCCCAGACUCUCUGGGACAGCUGGGAGGCUCUCUGCCCGGCGUCGGGGCUGGACCCGACAGCUGGAAGAACCGUGCCGCCAGCCGCUUCAGCAUCCUGUUUAGCCCCGCGUCUGGAAAAGAGGUGGAUCGCCUGGAGCAGCUUCAGAGCAAACUGCACUCCUACUCCAUGUUUGGGCUCCCCAAAGUGCCACGGCAGCUCUCUUUCCACAAGAACAAGUGGGAGGAGGAAGAGGAGGAGGCCAACCUGCUCAUGGAGGACAGCUGGCAGACGUUGCUGGACGACUCAAAGACGCUGCCGAGGCGACAGUUCCACCAGCAGGAGGCCAUCUGGGAGCUGCUGCACACGGAGGCCACCUACAUCAAGAAGCUUCGAGUUAUCACUGAUCUGUUCUUGUGUGGGCUGCUGAACCUGCAGGAGAGUGGCCUGCUAGCAGAGGUGGAACCCAACAAGUUGUUCAGUAAUAUCCAGGAGAUAGUCGGCCUCCACACGUCCCUGUGGAACCAGGUCAUGGUCCCUGUCCUGGAGCAGGCCAGGAAGGCCCGGGCCCUGCUUGACCCCACCCACCUCUACGACGGCUUCAGGACGUUCGGCUCCAGGUUCCAGCCCUACAUCCGUUACUGCAUGGAGGAGGAGGGCUGCAUGGAGUACAUGCGCACACUUCUCAGGGACAACGAGCACUUCAAGACGUACGUGACGUGGGCAGAGACCCAUAAGCAGUGCAACCGUCUGAAGCUGGCUGACAUGUUGGCCAAGCCUCAUCAGAGACUCACCAAAUAUCCUCUCCUGCUGAAGAGCAUUCUGAAGAAAACCGAUGAUCCAGCAGCCCGCGACACUAUCAACAGCAUGGUGGUCACAGUGGAGGACUUCAUCAACAGUGUGGACUUGCAGAUGCGGCAGCGUCAGGACCAGCAGAAGCUGGCCACCAUCUCCGCCCGCAUAGACUCCUACGAGGCAGUGGAGGGCAGCAGUGAGGAGGUGGAGAAGAUCCUCAAAGAGUACAACCACUUCGAUCUUAUGGCUCCCAUGAGAGGAACUUCGCCGAAAGAGACUCGACAGCUGCAUCUCGAGGGAGCACUGAGGAUGAAAGAGGGCAAAGACAGCAGGAUGGAGGUCUACUGUUUCCUGUUCACUGACCUGCUGCUGAUCACCAAACCAGUGAAGCGAGUGGAAAAGGUUAAAAUUAUCCGUCAGCCGCUCCUCAUUCACAACUUCGUCUGUAAAGAACUCAAAGAUCCCGGCUCUUUCAUCCUCAUCUACCUCAAUGAGUUUAAGAAUGCAGUAGCAGCCUACACUUUUCAAGCCAACAGCGCCACCCAGGGGCGAAGCUGGAUUGAUGCGAUCUGCAGCGUUCAGAAUCAGCUGCAGAGGCUUCGCACCCAGGAGGACCUCCGACAGCAGGACAUUCAGAAGAGAUGUACGGAGGAGGAGGAAGAGGAGGAGGAGGAGGAGGAGGAGAGCAGCAACUCCACUUCAAGCUCUCCAAUCCUGCGGCACAAGAACAAGCAGAACUCAAACCAAUCAGAUGGUUCCACUGAGACCCUGUCAGUGAUGGACGUGGACGAGUCUGCUGAGCACCAGCAGCUCCCUCCCUCCGACUCGAACCUUGAAGGCAGCUCUGACAAAGACUCUGAUCGGGAUGAGUCGUCCUCGUCUGAAAGGUCUGACGUCCAGCAGUCUGCUCACAGGGACGACUCCAGUCUCGACGAGCUGGAGCCCCAGCUUCGAUCUCUCUCUAUGGACAGUGCCUACGGUACCCUCUCCCCUGAGUCCCUCCAACGAGAGCUGCAGCUACAGCCCGUCCAGAGUGAGGGAGAGGACGCAGAGGAAGGAGUUCAGGAGGUGGAGCUGGGUGAGGGAGAAACAGAGGAGGAGGAGGAGGCCACACGGGGCUCCCAGCUGUCUGUCGUCCAGUUUAAGCCUCGCCGGCGGCCUCCUGUGCAGUCCAAACUCAAGUACCUGCAGAGGUUAUCUUCUUUCACUUUGUCCCGCUCCGAGGAUAACCUCCUGCAGCGCGUCCAUGGAGAUAACCCCGUGUCUCGCAUGCACUCCCUCAGCUCCGACUCCCAGGAGUCACACAGCGAGAAUACAGACACGUCCUCGCUGGCACACAGCCGGAGCCUGUCAGAGCUGCGGCAGAGCAGCCUCCACUGCUCAGAGGACUGUUUAAGCAUUAAAACACUCUCGGACAAACUUCGAGCCAGCCUGAGCAGGGCGGAGGCCGUGCACAUCCACAGAGCUCCUGCCGGACUGCGCGAGGAGACCCAGCUGGUUUCGUCUGGCCGCUCAGAUCGGAGCUGCCAGUCAAAGGCAGACUCAGCAGAAAUGUCACGCAAGAAGAGGAGAAGUCCCGCGCAGCAGCACAAGAAGCUGACCCUCGCCCAGCUGUACAGGAUACGCACCACCCUGGUCCUCAACUCCACGCUGACAGCAUCGUAA